CAUUCAACCAGUUAACAUGCCUCACAAGGUAUGGUUUGGAUGGUUCCUACUGUUAGGAAGUGUAUACGGAGCACCUGAGAUCUGGCCUCCUAACGGGAAACUAAAACCAAACAACUAUAUUCCUCCAACUACAACUCCUUUGCCAAAAAUAGAAUAUAAAGAGGAGGAUGUAGAGACUUGCAAACAGGUUUAUAACAAUGUUUGUAAACAAAUUCUAGUCAAGGAAAUUAAUCCAAGUUGUAAAAUUAAAGCUGAGUUGCUCCAGAACUGUUCUCAGAGUAAACCAGAAAUAGAAUACAGGGAGAAAUGUGAUGUAUCCUACUUCCCUAAAUGUAAACCUGUAUUCGAAUCUCCCACAAGAGAGAAGUGUGAGGAUGUUUAUGAACCUAAAUGUGAACGGGGUUUCCAGAUCAAAUAUAAGACUGAGUGUAGUUAUGAACAGGAUUGUAAGGACAGUACAUGUAAUGAAGUGGGACCAAACUGUAAACAAGUUCCAGUCAAACGUCCUGUACAUACCUGUACACGAGAACCUAGGAGAAUAUGUACACAGGUUCCUUUGCCCUCGAUCCAUAAAUGUGAACCAGCAGGAGUAGAAUGCCGCCAGGUAAAAGUGGAGGUGGAGAAGGACUGCAGGAAGGAGGAGGAGGAGGAGAAGAACUGUAUCAAGGAGAUUGAAGUAGAGAAGGAGAUCUGUCAGAGAGAACCAAGUAAAGUUUGUGAGACAAAAAAGGUUCGAGUUGCAGUGAUAAAACCUCUAGGUCCAACCGUUCCAGUUUCUCCGUUCACCACGAGCCCUCCGUCUACCCGGGCACCCGGAGAACAGGGUUCAAGCCCAGACUCGGAUACGGAGAAGGACGGAUUAAAUAUAAACUCUAGUCUUGAUUUCUCUAAAAGUUUCUCCAGUGUUUAGAUUAGAUUGAUAUUUUAUAUUUUGUUCAAUACUUCUAACACAAAAGAAAUCUGCUAAAUUAACACAUUUUUCCUUAAUUGACAAAUUCCUCCAUAAAAAAGUAGAAUCUUAAUUUGUUUAAGUUUGUUUAAAACCCAACUUUUUUUAAGCGCUAGUUUUCUCAGAUUCAUUAUUUACUAUUUCAUGUUUAAAGGGACUGUGAGCGUAAUUUCAAAUAAUUUCAUGCGUGGAUGCCAAUGCCCGAUUUACAACGU